CAUCAACGUAAUCAUGCACUUAUUCCACCAGAGAAGCGUACAAGAACACAGUGGUCCAUAUACCGACUUUACUUCACCUUUAAAACACUUACAAACUGCUUCAAUCUCGUCAACAAAAUAUCAACCAAACCUCAACAUUGCUUAACGUACAAGAGUUUCCAUUUCCCCUGAAAGCUUCAAGCUUCUCUCCCAAAAAAAAAAAAAAAAAAAAUGGAGGGUAAGAAAACACAAGGACAUGGGUAUCUGAAAAAGAAGGCUAGUGUGUCUUACCUUGUGGAAGAAGAAAUGGAUAACGAUACGGAUGUAGAAGAAGAGGUUGGAAGAGAGAAAGAGAAGAGAAGAGGAGUGAUGGAUAGGUUUACAGGAUCUUCUAGUGGCAGCAACGAUCGUGUCUCAUCACGGCUUUGCCAAGUAGAUAGAUGCACCGCUGAUUUGAAAGAUGCGAAGCAGUAUCACCGGAGGCACAGAGUGUGUGAAGUUCAUGCAAAGGCAUCUUCUGUCUAUCUCUCAGGGGUUAGCCAACGCUUCUGUCAGCAAUGCAGCAGGUUUCAUGAGCUCCCAGAGUUUGAUGAAGCUAAAAGAAGUUGCCGGAGGCGCUUAGCUGGACACAAUGAGAGGCGGAGGAAGAGCUCCGGUGAGGAAUCAGGUGGUCGAAGAGGAAUCACCGGUCAGGUGAUCCGGGACCAAGAAAGAUCAAGGGUAGAGAUGACACUUCCCAUGUCAAACUCUGCAUUCAAGCGACCACAGAUUAGAUAGAGAAGCUAUUCGAGUAAGGAGUGUGACAUAUCCAAAAGCACAGGAGACUAACCGAAAGCCACUCAAGUUUCAUCAGAACCACCACGAAUGAGAUAAUCACAUCUUGCCAACAGCCUCCUCUUAGAGAUUAUUUGCUGCUGUAGAUCACAAUAUUUGAAUAACCAGCGACCAUUAUGAGUGAAUCGUUGAGACUAGUUUAUGAUAGAAACAAAACUUUCAAAGUCCAGAGCGUCAUUAAUAAAAUAUCAACAUCGAACCAUCUUUAGACUCUUUUCACAAAGUA